AUCAUAUAAAGGUGGAGUUGUACUAGAAGGUUACUGUAUAUAAGUUUCAAAUAAUUACACAUGAGCCUCACAAACUUUUAGCGACUUAACUUCACAACUAGAACAUCAACAUUGUGAACAGCAAGUUACAACUUAAACUGAAAAACAUAAGAGCCAAGCUAGAACAUGAGGUUCUGUGUAAUUUUUGCUGUGUUGGUUGCUACCUUUCUACAAACUGUUACACCAGCUAGUUUUAACAAAAGACGAUCCAAUGAUGUGACAUCAUACAAGAGAGUGUGUUACCAUACCAACUGGUCCCAAUACCGCAAUGACCCUGCCAAGUUCUUCCCUGAUGACAUUGACCCAUUCCUCUGUACCCAUUUAGUGUACUCAUUUGCUACAAUGGAAGGCAAUCAGCUGGUUGCAUACGAAUGGAAUGAUGAAUCAGAGGAGUGGGCCAAGGGAAACUAUGAAAAGUUCAAUGAUCUUAAACUACAAAACCCAGAAUUGAAAACACUGAUUGCUGUUGGGGGUUGGAAUUUUGGAACAGAGAGAAUGACCGCAAUGUUGGCCACUCCUGAAAAUCGUGCUGAAUUUGUAACUACAAGUAUUGAUUUCAUCCGUGCACGAAACUUUGAUGGCCUUGACCUUGAUUUUGAGUAUCCUGGAAGUAGAGGAAGUCCAGCAGAAGAUAAACAGAGAUUCACCCUUCUUUGCCAGGAAUUGAGAGCUGCAUUUAAUCAGGAAGGACUGGACACUGGCAGAGAUCCUCUACUGUUGACUGCAGCUGUUGCAGCAGGGCACAAGGCAACUAUUGAUGCUGGAUAUGAGAUAGCUCUCAUUGCACAGGAAUUAGAUUUCAUUAAUCUGAUGUCUUAUGAUCUGCAUGGAGCCUGGGAAAAUGUGACAGGCCAUAACAGCCCCCUCUAUAGUCGACCUGGAGAAUCAGUGGAGGAAGCCCAGCUUAACAUUCAAUGGGUUACUGAAUACUGGCUUGCAGGAGGAUGCCCCGCAAACAAGCUUAUCAUUGGGCUUGCCAGUUACGGGAGGACAUUCACCCUUGAAGACCCUGCUGUGUUUGGCUAUGGGGCACCUGCCAAAGGAGCUGGAGAAGCAGGAACUUACACUAGGGAGGCUGGAUUUGCAGCAUUUCAUGAGAUCUGUACCAAGCUAAAUGAUGGAAGUGCCCAGAGAGUGUGGAGCCCUGAUCACCAGGUGCCAUUUGCCAGGUUUGCUGGUGGCAGCGGUACAAUGGAUCAGUGGAUUGGUUAUGAUGACACAGAGAGUGCCAGUGUGAAGGCUAACUGGAUCAUUGCUAAUGGGUAUGGAGGGGGUAUGACAUGGGCUCUGGACCUUGAUGAUUUCAACAAUCAAUGUGGAGGCGGCAACUACCCCAUCACCAACGCAUGGGUUAACAUUCUAGGUGGACCAGCCCCUACACCUGCAACACCUGCUACAACUGUUGCCACAACAACAACAGGUGCCCCUACCACAACAACUAUUGCCACGACAACCACAUCUGAUCCCUUAGCAACAACCACAACUGCUGAUCCUAAUGCCACCACAACUGCAGCAAGUAUUGAGUCAUUCUGCAUUGGGCUUGCUGAUGGCACAUACUCUCACCCAACAGACUGUUCUAUGUAUGUCCAGUGCGCUGGAGAGACCGCAUAUGAGAUGAACUGUUCAGCUGGAACCUGUUAUAGCCCAACCAUUCAGGGAUGUGAUUUCUGUGACAAUGUCACAUGUUAAGAAUCACAUGGAAAAUUUAAACAUCACACACACCAAAUUGAAACACCUUUAAAGGGUGUGUUCUAUACAUCGGUGGUGUUUGGACAUGUGGACUCUACUGCUUCAGGAGGAAAAUAAUUUCAGAGUUUUGCAAUGAAUGUUUCCGUCACUGGUGACUCUUUUGUUUAUAGAGCAUUGCAUUUAUUUGAAUGACAAGUUACAUAUGAAAAAGCAUCUUGGAUUACCAAGGUAAUUUUGAUUCUAAAAAUCAAACUUGUAAGCGAGUAUGAUAAAAAAGCAUAUGAUUCAAUGUUGGCCAAUUUGAGCUGCAAUUGCAGAUAAAAUAUUUGUUGUAUUUAUAGAUGGCGUAGAAGUUACUUGUUCAUUCUUAAAUGCAAGCUCAAAAAAUGCUUUGCUUAUGAAUAUAAACCAAUUAUUUUUUUGCGCUUGUAUAUAUCUCUUAUGUAAUGUCUAACGUGUGCUAACAUUAUUCAGUAAAAAUAGAAAAAUGAAAAGAAACAACAAAAAAAUAGAAAAACAAGAAAAUCAAAUAAAAAUCAAAGUAAACUGAAACCAAGUUAAACAAGCAAACUCAAGUAACCAUGGUAAUAUAUUAAAUAAAUAAAAUCAACAGAUAGUGGUCAAAAUAAACAUUGUAA